ACGUGGGCACCACCCAAAAUUAUAUAAAUAAAUUAUUCAAUCUAAAUAAUUUUGCUCACCAAAAUCUAAUCACUACAAGACUAGAAGUGUCCACAAAAGCAUCUCUCUGACACAAUGACAUCUGUUUUGUCCUGCGCGUGAACUUUAACUCCCCUUAACAGCGCGCGUCACAAAAUUCCCCAAAGAUGUGUCUCUAAUUUUUAAUUUCGUCUCCACCAAAACUCUUCACACUCACCCUUCCCUUCUCUCUCUAUCCAUCAUCCACUCACUUCUCUGUUCUUCUCCUUUACUCAAUCUCAUGACCUAACUCGAAAAAAAAUAAAUGGCGAACGUAAUCUCAGUUUCCCAUUUUACCCUUCCCGCAUUAGCUUAUUUACUUCUCCUCCUAUCCUCCACCGCCGCCGCCAUCAACGUCACUGCCGUUCUCUCUUCUUUCCCUAACCUAUCUUCUUUCUCCAACCUCCUCGUCUCCUCCGGCAUCGCAGCCGAACUCUCAGGUAGAAACUCGCUAACCCUCCUCGCCGUUCCCAAUUCUCAAUUCUCCUCCGCUUCCGUGGACCUCACGCGCCGUUUACCUCCUUCGACACUCGCAGAUCUCCUCCGCUUCCAUGUCCUUCUCCAGUUCCUCUCAGAUUCCGAUCUACGACGUAUCCCACCCUCAGGCUCCGCCGUCACCACUCUCUACGAAGCUUCCGGCCGUACAUUCUUCGGAUCCGGAUCCGUUAACGUAACCCGUGACCCGGCUUCAGGAUCAGUCACGAUCGGAUCUCCGAGCACCAAAAACGUCACCGUUUUAAAGCUUCUCGAAACGAAACCUCCAAACAUAACCGUCCUCUCCGUCGACUCACUCAUCGUCCCCACCGGAAUCGAUAUCACCGCAUCGGAGACUCUCACUCCACCGCCGACAUCGACGUCUCUCUCCCCUCCACCGGCGGGAAUCAACCUCACUCAGAUACUAAUCAACGGACACAACUUCAACGUCGCUCUCUCCCUCCUCGUCGCCUCCGGAGUCAUAACAGAAUUCGAAAACGACGAACGUGGCGCCGGAAUCACAGUCUUCGUCCCCACCGACUCCGCUUUCUCCGAUCUCCCUUCAAACGUGAACCUUCAGUCUCUACCGGCGGAGCAAAAAGCCUUCGUGUUAAAGUUCCAUGUGCUACAUUCAUACUACACUCUAGGUUCGCUCGAAUCAAUAACCAAUCCGGUUCAACCGACAUUAGCAACCGAAGAAAUGGGAGCCGGUUCAUACACGCUCAACAUCUCCCGGGUUAACGGGUCAAUCGUAACGAUCAAUUCGGGUGUGGUUUUAGCUGUCGUGACACAAACGGCAUUUGAUCAAAACCCGGUUUCUGUUUUCGGAGUAUCCAAAGUUCUUUUGCCUAAAGAACUGUUUCCGAAAUCGGGUCAACCCGUUGCCACGGCUCCUCCACAUGAAAUCUCUUUGUCGCCGGAGAGUUCUGAUGAGCAACCGUCGCGAUUAGUAUCACCACCGCGUGAGAUAGUUUCUUCCGGCGCGGUUAAAAGACCACUUGGUUCCUUAGCCUUGUGGUGGUGGUGUUGUUGUUGGUGUAUAGCAUUUUGUUAUCUUUUGGUAUGAUUUUUUUUUUUUAAUCACAUAAAUGUUUUGCCUUCGAUUAGGGCUUUUAUUUAUUUUUACUGGAUUUUUUUUUCACGAGGGUUUAUAUAUUUAUUCUACGUCAUAAUGUUAUUUUAUUCGAGUCUGAGGAAAAAACAAAUUCACUUUCCCAUGUAAAUUUGGAUUUGAUUCGGCAAUUUUGGGUAAAAACCCAUGUCUAUAGAAAAUCCUUUUAUUUUUUAUUUUCUCUUUUGUUGUCUUCA